UUGGUUUGUUUAUCUUAUCCGAAGUUGUGUGUCAAAAACUAAAUCUAUAUUGUAUGUUAUAAAUAGUUUUUUAGUGAAGAAGUACGGUAAAUGAGUAAAUAGAGAGGAGAAAAUCCCCGCUGGAUGUUUUGCUGCUGCUCGUAUUCGGACGAAUCUAGAAAAGGUCCGAUGGCUGCUAUAAGGAAAAAACUGGUGAUUGUGGGUGAUGGAGCAUGUGGAAAAACGUGCCUUUUGAUUGUGUUUUCGAAAGAUCAAUUUCCCGAGGUGUACGUGCCCACCGUAUUCGAAAACUAUGUGGCGGAUAUUGAAGUGGAUGGAAAGCAAGUGGAACUGGCCCUAUGGGAUACGGCCGGACAGGAGGACUACGAUCGUCUCAGGCCCCUCAGCUAUCCGGACACCGAUGUGAUUCUUAUGUGUUUCUCGGUCGAUUCGCCCGACUCCCUUGAAAACAUCCCCGAGAAGUGGACACCAGAGGUGAAGCACUUCUGCCCCAAUGUGCCAAUCAUUCUGGUUGGGAACAAGAAAGAUCUUCGUAACGAUCCAAACACCAUCAAUGAAUUAAAGAAGAUGAAACAGGAGCCAGUCAAGCCCCAGGAUGGACGAUCAAUGGCUGAAAAAAUUAACGCGUUCGCUUAUUUGGAAUGUUCCGCUAAAAGCAAGGAAGGAGUUAGAGAAGUGUUUGAGAAUGCUACUCGUGCUGCUUUACAGGUGAAAAAGAAGAAGAAACAUCGUUGUGUUUUGUUUUGAACCAGCAAUAUAUUUUAUAUUAUUCGUUAUUCGUGUCUAAUCAUUUAAGGGGGCUUUUGCAUGUACCGACUAACAAAAUAAAACCCCUUUAUUUUGUCUUUAGUUCUCUUUUGUUCCAAAUCCUCUCCUGUCGUGUGGACACCACAUAUUUUUUAUAUUCAUAUCAUAUCCAUUGUGCAAAUUUUACCAUGGCUAACCAGUGUCCAAUGCACAAAAAUCUUUUUUCAUAAGUCCACAUAUAUUAUUAUUAUUAUUAUAAUUUAGAUUAUUUUUAGUUCUAUAAUGUUUAAAAUUCGAUUGCAACUGAACAAAAUAUCUAUGGUGUUAAAUAAAAUUGUUCAUUACAUACAUUAAACUUAUUAAUUUUGUUGACAACACUUAGUAUACACUAGUUGUCUAUGAAUGUAAGCUUUAACUUUUUCCAUACAAUGUAUUCAAAAAAAAAACGUAAAUAAAUUGUUUUCCUAUAA